UAUUUAGCAAGUGAUUUAUUUUUAAGCACUAAAUAUUUAUUGACUCAAUAUCUCUCCAGGCAGUGUUCACGUGCUUGGAACUGAAAUGUCUAACUUGGCAGUGCUGUUUAAGCAAACAAACUCAGUCAGUUGAACAAAUGAUUAACAGAAAGGUGAGGAGCUCAUGAAGUUACCAGCCUUCAGUGGGGAGAAGAUGCUGGGAUUGAAAGCUCAGAGCGAUGGCUUACAGAAUGGUCUGCUCAGCCACAAGUGAUUUCACUGUGGGAAUAUGUGGACGCCUUGGCAUUAGUACCCACCUGAGGCAGUUUGUUCUUGUGUAGUAUUAGGUUUCAAGUUAGCAGGAGACUGAGCAAAACAAAUCAAAGGAGCUCCUUCAGAAAUGUUUCAAAGAAAGGUAGAAAUCUAACACAGAGGUAAAUAAAGAUGGAAGGAAGAAAGAAAAAAGUCAAGAACCUAGAGGUAGAAGAAGGUCAAACAGACAAUACCAAGAGGACGUCUCUGGAUUCUAGAGAAAAUGUAAGUUAAAUAUGUCUACACUCUGAUCAUAUCUGAAGAGACGUUUUACUCAUUUCCUGGUUUGAAUGAUGAGAUCUCAGAAGCAUUGUCUUUUUAGCCUGUCUCUUAUUACUACCCUGAUUUUUUUAUUUGUUUACAUUAACAAGUUACAGGAGAAUAAAACUCUUCCAAAGGGAGCUCUGUCAAACACUUCACAAUUAGCAGAAGUCUGUCAUCAGAUUUUUGAGGGGAAGGUUUUUGAUGAAGUUGAAAAUGCCUUGAAAAUGACCCUCAAUGAAUCUACCUGUGAUGAGUACUUGGAUCUCAGUCACUAUAUAACAGAGACACUGUCUACAGAAGAAGCUGCAUUCCCUUUGGCUUACACAGUGACCAUCCACAAGGACUUUGAUACUUUUGAGAGGCUCUUCAGGGCGAUUUACAUGCCCCAAAAUGUCUACUGCAUUCACGUGGAUGAGAAAGCCACAGUUGAAUUUAAAGAUACAGUGGAGCAAUUACUGAGCUGCUUCCCAAAUGCUUUCCUGGCUUCCAAAAUGGAGCCAGUUGUCUAUGGGGGCAUUUCCAGGCUCCGGGCUGACCUGAACUGCAUGAGAGACCUGGCCGCCUCGGCGGUUCCCUGGAAGUACGUGAUCAACACCUGUGGGCAAGAUUUCCCCCUGAAAACCAACAAGGAGAUAGUUCAGUAUCUGAAAGCAUUUAAAGGGAAAAAUAUUACCCCAGGGGUGCUGCCUCCAGAUCAUGUCAUUGGACGGACUAAAUACGUCCACCAAGAAUUACUAGGUAGUAAAAGCUCCUACAUGACUAAAACAAGAAAAUUAAAAAGUCCUCCUCCUCACAAUAUGACCAUUUACUUUGGGACUGCCUAUGUGGCCCUCACAAGGGAAUUUGUUAAUUUUGUCCUCCAAGAUCAACAUGCACUUGACUUACUCUCCUGGUCCAAGGAUACCUAUAGUCCUGACGAACAUUUUUGGGUGACACUUAAUAGGAUUCCUGGUAUGUAUAUCUCUUAACUUUCAUUUUUAUGGAGAAACACUGUUUUUGAUACUGAAAAUAAACAGCUUACAGCAGGAAAUUGUAUUAAAAAAAAAAAAGUUGUAAAACUUCCCUCCAGUGGUUAAGAGUUCGAAUGCUAACCAAAGGGUCAACAGUUCAAAUCCACCACCA